AUGCUUCUGAUCAUCAGUGAGAUUUCAAAGAAAGUCGCUCAGAUCCAGAACGCUGGUCUUGGGGAGUUUAAGAUUCGGGAUCUAAAUGAUGAGAUCAACAAGCUGCUGAGAGAAAAAGGACACUGGGAGGUCCGGAUCAAAGAACUGGGGGGACCAGACUACGCGCGAGUUGGACCGAAGAUGUUGGACCACGAGGGGAAGGAGGUUCCAGGAAAUCGAGGAUAUAAAUACUUUGGAGCAGCCAGAGACCUUCCUGGAGUCAGAGAGCUGUUUGAGAAGGAGCCUGCCCCAGCACAGAGGAAGACCAGGGCAGAACUGAUGAAGGAAGUGGACGCAGAGUAUUACGGCUACAGGGAUGAAGACGACGGAGUGCUGCUUCCUCUGGAGGCGCAGUACGAGAAACAAGCUGUGUUGGAGGCGGUGCAGAGGUGGAGAACAGAGAAAGAGUCUCGACUGUCAGGAGACAAACAGGAGGAAGAGGAGGAGGAAGAGAGCAUCUAUACUGUCCACAAUGAAGAGGCUGAUGAUGAGGAGAGCCGGGAGGAGCAGGAAGGAGAGGAGGGUGGAGUCACCUUCAUCGCACACGUACCUGUCCCCUCACAGAAAGAGGUGGAGGAGGCUCUGGUCAGGAGGAAGAAGAUGGAGUUGUUGCAGCGUUACGCCAGCGAAGCUCUUCAGGCUCAGAGUCAGACGGCCAAGACUCUGCUGGGACUGUGACCUGUCUGUCUGUCUGUCUGUCUGUUGAUGUAAAUAUGGGCUCAUUUUUUUGGUACUCAUCCUGUUUGUUAAUAAAGGCCUUUUCUGAUUGGUCA